CCCAAAACUUAUAUUAUUCUCUUAUUUUGAUGCUUGGCUUUAACGAUGAUAUCACGAGCCCUCUUGGUGCUCAAAUUUUCGAUUUUUGUGAUCCGCAACUGUUUCAAGAAACCUUCAAUCAGUCCACUGAAGUCACCUCUGCCUCAAACAUUCUUGACAAAUCUGGGAGCUUCCAUGACAACCACAGUGGUAAUUCAAAUACCAACACAAUCACAACCACAACAACCGAGAACAGUAACACCUACACAAACAACAAAUUUCAAGAUGAUGAAGACGACAAUAUUAAUGCAGAUAUGUCCACAAUUUUCGAUUCACAUGAAGAUUUUGAAAACGACAUAGUCGCUUCAAUCGAUUUCUCAUCAUCCUCUAUGCAAUAUCCAGCUCUAGAUCAUCUCCUUACAACAACAAAUGAAGAUCAGUUUGAUUUCGCACCAGGAGUUCAAGCUGUUCAUCAGCUUCCUAACAUAUCAUACUCUGGAGACACUCUGACUCUACCACAUGUUUCCUCUUUAGCUCCUCCUCCUUUACCAUUAGAGAUUUUCGAAGAAGAUUGCCUUUCUUCUGUCCCAAGUUACAGUAUUGGCUUAAACCCUACUUCCCCUUUCUUCCGUGCAUCCGGUUUACCAACACAUACGGUGAAUAUGAACACCGGUUUAUUAUCUUCUGAAAGUAAUUCCGGUUUAUAUCCUGGUCAUGUUCAUAUGGGACCAGAAUUCAACAAACCACGUGAUCACUUGAUGGAUUUUCAAGCGGACAAUGGUGGAUUUUUCUGGUUUAAUCCAGAUGAUCUCCAGGCACUUAAUAGCAUCGAGAACCAGAGCCACUUAGUGGUACUUCAGACGCAUCCACCAUUAGGACCGGUCGAGGUAACCGGUUUAGAAGACUCUACGUUAAAUAAAGUAGUGAAACUCUCCUCCGAACAAAGGAAAGAGAAGAUUCAUAGGUACAUGAAGAAGAGGAACGAAAGGAACUUUAGCAAGAAAAUCAAGUAUGCGUGUAAGAAAGCAUUGGCAGAUAGUCGUCCAAGAGUUAGAGGAAGAUUUGCAAAGAAUGAUGAAUUUGGUGAACUACAUAAACAUGGUUCUUCAAGCCAUCAUUAUGAGGAAGACGAGGACGGUGUGAGGGUGAAGGAUGAGGAACAAUUAGUAGAUUCUUCAGACAUUUUUGCACACAUUAGUGGACCCAAUUCCUUCAAGUGCAACUACCCAAUUCAAUAUUGGACUUGA